GGUACCACCCCUAGGCCUAGACCAUCUUGUUGGCCCUCCAGUCCUUGAGAAACCAAAGCAAGGACUGAACCCAGAGGCAGGUACUCAAAUCAGCCCUUGAGCCCUGGAGAGCCAGGAGUUUUGAGGACAAAAUGACAACCCCCAGAAAUUCAGCGAGCGGAACUUUCCCAGUAGUGCCUACGAAGGGCCCUAUGGCCAUGCAGCCUGCUCCAAAAGUCAACCUCAAGGGGAUGCUGUCGCUGGUGGGUCCCACACAGAGCUUCUUCAUGCGGGAGUCUAAGGCUUUGGGGGCCGUCCAGAUCAUGAAUGGGCUCUUCCACAUCGCCCUGGGAGGUCUGCUGAUGAUCCCCACCGGGGUCUAUGCGCCCAUCUGUGUGACUGUGUGGUAUCCCCUCUGGGGUGGCAUCAUGUACAUCACUUCUGGAUCACUCCUGGUAGCAGCAGAGAAAACCUCCAGGAAGAGUCUGGUCCAGGUGAAAGUAAUAAUGAACUCAUUGAGUCUCUUUGCUGCCAUUUCUGGAAUAAUUCUUUUGAUCAUGGACAUACUCAAUAUUACAGUUUCCCAUUUUUUAAAAAUGGAGAGUCUGAAUAUUAUUAAAACCCCUGUGCCGUAUAUUGACAUAUACAACUGUAAACUCACUAAGCCCUCUGAGGAAAACUCUCCAUCUACAAAAUACUGUUACAGCAUGCAAUCUGUGUUCUUGGGCAUUUUGUCAGUGAUGCUGAUCUUUGCCUUUUUCCAAAAACUCGUAACUGCUGGCAUUGUUGAGAAUGAAUGGAAAAGAGCCUGCUCCAGGUCCCAAGCUAAUGUGGUUCUUCUGUCAGCUGAAGAUAAGAAAGAACAGACCAUUGAAAUAAAAGAAGAAGUAGUUGAACUCAAUGAAGUGUCUUCUCAAACAAAGAAUGAAGAAGAUAUUGAAAUUAUUCCAGUCCAAGAAGAAGAAGAAGAAGAAACAGAAAUAAAUUUUCCAGAACCUCCUCAAGAUCAGGAAUCCUCACCAGUAGAAAAUGAUAGCUUUCCUUAAACUGUUUCUUCUGGGUUUUGCUUCCUCUUUUAAGCAUUAGUGUUUAGCUUCCAAGAGACAUAGUUAUCCCAUUUCUUGAGGCACUCUGAGCUUAUUCUCCAUGUUUCCACCUGGUCUUUGCAUGGAGUGACCACAGUCCCAUCUCUAGCACAUUCAGCAGAUUUAGCAAUUGUAACAGAUUGUAUUGUCAUAUUUCUUGUUUGGAGAAACUUUCAUACAUUGGAUAAAAGCACAGAUUGUGUUCUCAUAUUUCUUGUUUGGAGAAACUUUCUCCAAACAAAAAGCAGAAUAAGUGCCGCAGCACAUGUUUCCCCACUAGAUCUUUCCUUGGUUAAGCUUUUUAGUAGUAGUGUUUUGUGGUUGUUUCUUCCAUUAGCAACAGGACAACUCAGCAUCUGAUAGAAAAGAAACAUGAUUGAUCCAUGCCAUUCCCUUAAACUGUCUUUAACUCCUCCCACAUCUACAUUUUUGGGGAAGUUCCUUUUGUACCAUUGUGUAAAGCAAUAAAGAAUCAAUCCAUCAACAUAUCAUAGAGCUGACACUGUGGCAUGUUCUUGGAGUCUCUGCACCCACUAGGGAAGCUCUAAGUGGUCACUACCCAGUCCCUUAUUUGUCCAAAUGGUUCAGCUUCUAUUUGAACAUGUUUUUGUCUUA